AUGGACGAUCGAGAGAAGGUUUUACUAGGGGGGCCAUGGAUGAUCUUCGGUCACUAUAUUGCGGUCAAGCCAUGGACACCGGAUUUUAAACCUUGUGAGGAUACCUUCGGGGAGACUAUGGUUUGGAUUCGAAUCUCUGGUUUGAGCAUAUGGUACUAUCAUGAUAAAGCCAUGAUGAGAAUUGCUUCUGCCGUGGGGAGACCAGUCAAGGUGGAUCUGGCUACUAAGUUGGCAGAGAGGGGAAAAUUUGCUCGGGCUUGCGUGCAAAUUAAUCUUGGUUUGCCGGUGGUCCGGAGUGUGAUUGUCGAUGAGUUUGAAUAUAAGGUAGAGUAUGAAUGCUUACACCUUAUUUGUGACAAGUGCAAUUGUUUCGGACAUCCAGCAACUGACUGCAGAAUGACCUCAAUAGAGUCAGAAAGGAUGGAUCGAAAGGAAACAUCAGUGACCGAGACGGCGGCCCGAGUGGUGCAACCACAGGAAGCCUCAAAAGAGAAAAUUUUUGAAUUUGGAUGCAAUCCCAAAGAGUCAGUGAUAGUUGCAGAAAUUGGGGAGGAAUUAGAUGAUACGUUGCAUAGGAAGGAAGUGGGGUCCCAGCAUUUGGAAAAUGAGGCUGGCUGGACCAAAGUCAGUGGUAAAAGGAGAGGAAAAUUGAGCCAAUCAAAUAAAGUCCAACAAACCUCUAAGGACAAAGUGCCGGUGCGCUCAAAUCAGAAAUUUGACCAGAACCGUGACUUUGGGCUACGUAUGAGAGGAGUCGAAUCAGGGGUGAAGACCGGGUCGGUUAGCGGAUCUAAGGCACGCAUGGCAUCUUCCAAACAGCAAGGGGUGAAGGGCAAAGCUAUCUCCGUUGCGGUGCCGACUUUCACUGCCAUUAUCAAAAACGGACACAAGAGGUUGCGCCCUUCUUCUUUGCAGAAUUCGCCGUCGACUCCGGACUGCCUUGGCGACACUAGCAAGCAGCAAAUCGGUGAAUUGGAAGGGUUGUUAGUGGAGGGACACAGACAAACUGGGCAACAACUGGACAAGGACAAGCAAGUCUCAGGGGGAUAUAAUGGUGGAUCUUCAUCAUCUCGUUAG